AUGUCAGGGUUUAGGCCUCAAUAUCAUGUGUGGGUUUGGCAUGGUGAAAAGGGAUUGUAUAGGGAGAAUGUUGUUGGGAAUGAUACGCACGAUAAAAGCGCCGAGAUUCGUGCGGAAGAUGAAUAUGGUAUUGAUGAUGGUGUAGAUAGGGAUGAUAAUGCUGGAGAGGGGGAUGAGAUCGAGGACGGUGGUGGUAAUCACUUAGAUGAGAUGAUGCAUAAUGUUGAAGGUGAAUUUGGUGACCGAUGUGAUGUAUUUGAGUCAUUAUUAGAGGCUGCCAAAAAGCCUUUGUAUCCUAGGUCCAAAAAAUACACCAAACUCUCAGCCGUGCUUACACUUUUUAACAUUAAGUCAAAGUAUAAAUGGAGUGACACUAGUUUUACUUCUUUGUUGACUGUGUUAUGUGACAUGUUGCUUGAUGGGAAUGAACUUCCUAAGUCCUACUAUUAUGCAAAGAAACUCAUGUGUCUGGAGUAUAAGAAGAUGCAUGCAUUUCCUAAUGAUUGUGUUCUUUAUCGAAAUGAAUAUAAAGAGUUGAAGGAGUGUCCACGUUGUGGUAAGUCGCGUUACAAGCGAAAGAGCAGCAAUGCUGGUAUGAAGGGACCUCCUGCCAAGGUGUUAUGGUAUCUUCCCAUCAUUCCAAGGUUCAAGCGUCUAUUUUCAAUACCAAAAGAUGCUAAGAACUUGAGAUGGCAUGCAGAGGGAAGAAAGAAAAACGGUUUGCUGAAGCAUCCGGCUGACUCUCCGGAUUGGAAGAACAUCGAUAUGAAGUUCAAGGCAUUUGGUGAUGAAAUGUGGGACGAAGGAUUUUCUGCUUUUGAUGCCCAUAAGAACGAGAUGUUCCUCUUGCGUACAGCCCUAAUGUGGACCAUUAAUGAUUUUCCCGCAUAUGGCAACCUGUCCGGGUACAAGAACAAAGGGAAUAAAGCAUGUUCUAUUUGUAUCGAUGGCACACCAAACGUGUACCUUGAACACUACAGCAAAGAUGUGUAUGUGAGGACCCGAAGAUUGCUUAGGCGCGAUCACCCAUAUCGUAGGCAGAAAAAGGCCUUCAAUGGGAAAGUGGAAGAGGGGGCUGCGCCUAGGCCAUUGAGUGGACAUGAGGUGUAUAGUCGAGUGAAGGGUAUAACAACUGAUUUUGAGAAGAAUGUUUGUGAUGCAGUUGUUGGGACAAUUAUGGGUAUUCAUGGUAAAACAAAGGAUGGAAAGAGCACGCGAUUAGAUUUGGAAGCGUGGGGGGUUCGUCCAGAAUUGUGGGUCCAGCCAAAGAUAGGGAAGGCCAAGGUAAUGGAAAAUGUAAGCGAAGAUAGUGGCAAAAGACAUAAGGGGGAGCGUAAAGGAAAGGGCACCAGUGUAUCAAAGAAGAAAGAUGAUGGAAAAGGCAAGAAUGAAAAGGUUUAUUUACCUCACGCUUGCUACAUAUUGUCAAAGGAAGAAAAACGAAAGUUUUGUGCUUGUUUGUAUGACAUUAAGGUUCCAUCUGGUUUCUCGUCAAACAUGAAAAGAUUCGUUUCCUUAAAUGGGGAAAUGAAGUUGACUAGUAUGAAAUCACAUGAUUGUCACAUGAUGAUGCAAGUAUUUCUACAGAUUGUCAUUCGUGGUAUUCGAAGCACGUGA